CAUCAACUAGAGGUAUAAGUUAUAAUCUUCUAAUUUGAUACCAAAAAGAUGCUGGAAGGAAAAGCUGUAAUUCGUGAGUCAGACAUGCCUGAGGAGAUGCAGAGUCGCGUUACAGAGUUAGCUUACCAGGCUCUGGAUUUAUAUGAGGUCUCAGAUUGUCAGUCCAUUGCUCAUUACAUCAAACAGAAGUUUGAUGAAGCUUAUGGAGCAGCAUGGCAUUGUGUGGUUGGGAAAGACUUUGGAUCUUGCAUAACGCAUUUAUGUGGAAGUUUCAUUUUCUUUCAUGUGGAGAUGAUGGAGUUUCUCAUCUUCAAGGAUGGCAAGGAAUUCACUGAAAGCAAGGAAGAGGCUAUUGGAGUGUUGCAGAAGUCCAAGCAAAUUGAUUCAUGAGAUCUAUACAAACUUCUUUCAUAUGGAUUUCAACCUGAAAUAUAUAUUGCUUGUUGAA